AGGGGGGCCCCUCUUGCCCGGCGUGGCGACUCGCUGGCGUCAUCGGGGCCGCAGCCGGACGAGGAGGCGGAAGAUGGCGUCCGCGGCCGGGCGGCUGUGAAGAGCGCGGCGGCGGCUGCGAGGGCUGCCGAUGGCGGCCGGGAGGCGCCCUCGGACACCCGCCGGCCGUUAGGGCGCGACGCUGGGCGGCAUGUCGGAACACGCGGCACCGGGAGCUCCGGGGCCCGGGCCCAACGGUGGUGGCGGCGGCCCGGCCCCCGCGCGCGGGCCUCGCACCCCUAACCUCAACCCCAACCCCCUCAUCAACGUGCGCGACCGGCUCUUCCACGCGCUCUUCUUCAAGAUGGCUGUCACCUACUCGCGGCUCUUCCCACCCGCCUUCCGCCGUCUCUUCGAGUUCUUCGUGUUGCUCAAGGCCCUGUUUGUGCUCUUCGUCCUGGCCUACAUCCACAUGGUCUUCUCCCGCGCGCCCAUCAACUGCCUGGAGCACGUGCGUGACCGGUGGCCCCGCGAGGGUGUCCUGCGCGUGGAGGUGCGGCGCAACUCGAGUCGCGCGCCGGUCCUCCUGCAGUUCUGCGACGGUGGCCGCGGGGACUUCCUGCGCCUGGAGCUGGGGGAGGAGGAGGAGGAGGAGGAGCUGAGCAUGGAGGCGUUUGGGAACAGCUCCAUCAAGGCUGGCGCUGCUGACGCCCUGGUCCCUGGUCGCCCACAGUUUGAGCUGGACAUCGAACCCAAGGUGUUCAAGCCACCGAGUAGCAUAGAGGCCCUGAAUGACAGCCAGGAGUUCCCCUUCCCUGAGACGCCCACCAAAGUAUGGCUGCAGGAGGAGUACAUCGUGGAGUACUCACUGGAGUAUGGCUUCCUCCGCCUGUCCCAGGCCACGCGCCAGCGCCUGAGUAUCCCGGUCAUGGUGGUCACCCUGGACCCCACGCGGGACCAGUGCUUCGGAGACCGCUUCAGCCGCCUGCUGCUGGAUGAGUUCCUGGGCUACGAUGACAUUCUCAUGUCCAGCGUGAAGGGCCUGGCGGAAAACGAGGAGAACAAGGGCUUCCUGCGGAACGUGGUGUCAGGCGAGCAUUACCGCUUCGUGAGCAUGUGGAUGGCGCGCACGUCCUAUCUGGCUGCCUUCGUCAUCAUGGUCAUCUUCACGCUGAGCGUGUCCAUGCUGCUGCGCUACUCGCACCACCAGAUCUUCGUCUUCAUCGUGGACCUGCUGCAGAUGCUGGAGAUGAACAUGGCCAUCGCCUUCCCCGCAGCGCCCCUGCUGACCGUCAUCCUGGCCCUCGUCGGGAUGGAGGCCAUCAUGUCGGAGUUCUUCAACGACACCACCACCGCCUUCUACAUCAUCCUCAUCGUGUGGCUCGCUGACCAGUACGAUGCCAUCUGCUGCCACACCAGCACCAGCAAGCGGCACUGGCUGCGGUUUUUCUAUCUCUACCACUUCGCCUUCUACGCCUACCACUACCGCUUCAACGGGCAGUACAGCAGCCUGGCUCUGGUCACCUCCUGGCUCUUCAUUCAGCAUUCCAUGAUCUACUUCUUCCACCACUACGAGCUGCCCGCCAUCCUGCAGCAGGUCCGCAUCCAGGAGAUGCUGUUGCAGGCGCCGCCCCUGGGCCCCGGGACCCCCACCGCGCUGCCCGACGACAUGAACAACAAUUCGGGCGCCCCAGCCGCCGCCCCUGACUCUACCAGCCAGCCCCCUGCCCUGGGCCCCAUCUCGCCGGGGGCCAGCGGGAGUCCAGGGCCUGUGGCUGCGGCGCCCAGCUCCCUGGUGGCUGCAGCAGCCUCCGUGGCGGCAGCUGCCGGUGGUGACCUGGGCUGGAUGGCAGAGACCGCUGCUAUCAUCACAGACGCCUCCUUCCUGUCCGGCCUGAGCGCCUCCCUCCUGGAGCGGCGUCCAGCCAGCCCGCUGGGCCCUCCUGGGGGCAUCCCCCGCACCCCACAGGACAGUAUCCCCUCGAGUGACUCCGCAGCUCCCGAUACAACGCCCCUGGCAGCUGCAGUGAGCGGGUCUAGCCCGGCCUCCACGGCCCCAGUGCAGGCGCCCUCGGAGGCUGGAUCCUGAGCCGCACAGCUGAGCUGCCUCUGACCCCGGCUGUCCCGGCUGGCUGGGCGUGACCUGCUGGAGCCUGUGGGGGUAGGGGAGGCCGUUCCGGGUGGAGGCGCCCGGCCACCUCUUUCCUCUGGUACUGCCCAGCCUGCCUUGGUGGCUUUCAGGGUUUCAUGCGGUUUGCCCAGAAGGCAGGCUUCCCUCCCCCUGGUGUGAGGUUGCGCCCCAGGCUUGUACCCGCUAGUGAGGUGUUUGAGCUGGCCAGCAAGGAGAGGGGUGGGGUUCCGUGGAAGGUUCUGGAGGGCGCUUGGUGGAAGGUCUGCAGUGAACGUCCUGAGGUGAAGUGGGGUUCCCAUGGUGCAGGCCUCUGAGCAUGCGGAGGUGUGGAGGGGCGGCCGGGGCGGGUCCUGGGACCCUGGCGCUGUCCCUGCCGGCCUCAGCCCGGCUCUGCCUGGUGCUCCGUGCAGUGCCUUCUCCAUGGCCUGGCCCUCCCCGCGUGUGCACCAGGCCUGGGGGCCCCGGGAGAGCAGCGCUUGUGUCUCGGGCGUAGGGACGUGGGGUGCAGGCGCCAACACCAGUGGCAGCAGCCAGGGCCGUGGCCCAGCUCUGCUCCGGGGUGGGAUGGGCCGGCGGCCAAACUCGGCAACUCGUGGAGGAAUGCGGAGGAGAGCUCAUUCCAUUCUAUUUAAUUGCAGUGUACAAAAUUGUGUUUGUAUAUAGAAUAAACUGUUGACAGCGGC